GUAGUAAUCGUUCACCGUCAACCUAGACAACGAAAGAAACAUUAGAUUGAAACAUGUUGAAAAAAAGUGUGCUUCUGCUCCUCGCUGUUGUAACCAUCGCGCAAGCUACGUAUAUAGCACCCCCGAACUACGCCUCCAAGACGUGCUUCGGCUACUCCUGCCCGCCUGCAACCGUGAACUGUAAAAAACACAUACAAACCGAAGGCGACUAUAGGGUGCAUAUCGACGUGUACUGUCUGGACUAUUACGGUACGACACUACACACCACCACGUACCACGACAGGAAUAGAAGACCUGGGUUUAGGUUCCACAAGGAUUUAUAUGCAGUACCUGAGGGUACCGGCUGCUCAGAGUGUGAUUAUGGCGAUUUUGAUUAUUAAUGUUCCCGUUUUUCACAGAUACAAUGUAAAUUUAUCUUGAGGUUAUCACAAUAUAUGUUGAAAUUUACUGUAUGUUUUAAAUGUCAAGGUUACUAUUUGUUGUUGUAAAUAAAUACUUAUCAAAAUAGACCCAGUAAGAACAAAUCUUAAUAAAUAAACUUUCUAAUUUUUUGCAAAAGUUUGAAGAAAUAAACU